CCUAAAAGAAUGCAGUGCGCUGAUCUUAUCGUCGAUAAUAGUUGUUUUUUAACAAUACUGAGAUCUUGUAUUGGAAGAUGUAUGUGUUCAGAAUAAAGAAAAUAACAAAGAAAAUUUGAAGCUGAGGUUAUGAAAACAAAAAUGUCGGAGGGCAAACCUGAGGAUGCCGAUGGUGAUCCUGGAAGGUUUGAGCAUUACCAUCCGCAACAUCCGCUACCAGAGGGCAUACGGAAGAUGGAGCAUGACGAUACAGUAUGUAAGUACUGUGGAGUGAGUUACCUCAUCCACAACGAAAUUAAAGCCAUGGAAGAAAAGUUAAAGAAGACCAUUGCCGAGAUGGAACAUUACCGAGGCAGUAUGGAGAGAGAGAAACAACUGAGGAUCGAUUAUGACAGACUGAUGGGAGAAACCAAGGAACUUCGAGAAAAUUCAAAAGAAAUGGACAAUGUAAUAUCCUCACUAAGAAGUUCCUUGAAGAAUGAAGAAGAAUUAUCAGGGCACUUACGGUUACAGAAUCAGAACUUACAGGGCGAGUUGGAUAGGACCAAAACUGAGAGGGAAAGUUACAGAUUAAAAUUUUCCAUAUUUGAGGAGAGGUUGCCUUACAUUAAGUCUCAGCUGACCGCCCAAAGACAAGUUGUGUCAGACGUACACACGUUUGUAGAGGAUAGAGACGCAAAAUUCCAAACAGAAUUACAACUUCUACAGAAAACCAUUAUAGAGAAGUACCAGUCCGAACAUAAAGGAAUGUCCUCACUUCAGGAACAGAUUGAGAAAUUAGAAGCUGAAAAAUCAGAAUCUUCUAUGCAGUCAACAAUGAUGACAGAGAAAGUCCGGCGCCAGGACAAGGAACUUAAAUCUCUGUCAAAUGUCCGUGACGAAAACUCAAAACUACAGCAAAAAUGUGACGGCUUAGAAACCUCAAUCAAAGAUAUCAGACAACAGUUGGAGGACGCCGUAUCAACGAGUCGACAGCUGAACCUUGAAAGUCAACAAUUUAAAGACAGUUUGAGAAACAAAACCCAGGAGAUUGAGGAUUUAACUGCACAGUCCCGAAGGAAGGAACAGAAUACAGAAAUGGCCCUACAGAAACUUCAGAAUGACUUAAAAAAGAAAGAUAUUGAAGUGAUGACAUUGUACAAGGAAAUGAAGACGAUGGAGUCGAGAUUUAAAGAACAGAAGAUGAAAGAGGAGGAGAUUCAUAGAAAAGCUACCCUCACUGUCUCGGAAACAAGAGAAUUGAAGAAUAUUUUAGCCAAAGCCGAAGAAGAGAUUGACCAACUAAAAGGAGAGAGAGAGUCCAUGAUUUUAUCCCAUCAAAACCGGAUAGAACAGUUACGAGAAAGUUUUAAACAGAAGAUGUAUGAGGCAGAGUCCUGGCCGGAAAAGCUGGAGGAGAUGCUGCAGAAAGAACGGGCAAAACAUGUGGCAUCGUUAAAAUCUAUGGAGGAGAGACUAAAGGAGAACUUUGUCCUGGAAAUAAAGAUUGAAAAAGAGAAAUAUCAAGAACUGUUAGGAAAAUACCAGAAUUCUAACAAAGAUCACGAAGCUAUUUUGAAGGCUCAGUUGAACUCAUUGGAGAGUAAAUAUCGGUCUGAGAUUCGGGAUCUUCAAAAGUUUCUGUCAGACACAAAAGAACGGGCUAAAGACAGCGAGGACUCUCUGCGAAAGGAAGUCCAGAGUCUAAAAUCAAUCAUACAGGAUCUGGAGAACAGAUUAGGUCGUUUGGACUCAGGAAACGAGGAAAUGAUUUAUACACUGAAACAACAACUGAAGGAGACACACCAGGAGUUGGGGGACACCAGGCAGCAGAUAGAAGAACAGGCAGGCCAGCUAAAGACAGCAAAGGAGGAGAAUGCUUUCCUCCAAGAGACAGUGAGGAAGGAAUGUGAGGAAAGAUUUGAGUUGAUGGAGAAGUUUAGCGAGGCUAAGGAAGAACUCCUGCAGCUGAAGAAACCAUCUGGUGGAUAUUCUUCACUUAACUCAUCUCGGAACUCUUCAGCUGCGAAUCUGAAGAGAUCAGGAAGUUUCAACACUCCAAAGCCCAGCCCACCUGAGGAAGGGCUUUCCCGAAGGGACAGUGAGGGCUCAAGCCCUACUAAGACCAAAACCCCUUCAGCACCUCCUAAUAGGGAUUCUGGUCCGAGUACAAACAAUGAAUUAACUUUUGGUGGGGAAGCAGCAAAAACUCCGGGACGAUUAAAGGGCAACUCUCUCGCAGAGAAUCGUCGCAGAAUAGCACAAAUACUUGGACGCAGGGAAAAAUAGCAGAUAGUUCUUUAUGUAUGAAUGCUUGUAUGUGCCAAUUUUCUGUAUUAUUUAUUGAUGGGUUAUGUCUUUAAUGUGAUAUAUAAGUCCAGACUGAUAAUAGGAUUUCUAACCAAGGAAUUAAUUUCUUCACAAAUAUAAUCUACAAUUUUCAGAUAUUGUAUUUGACUAAAUAAGCACACUGUGUGGUUUCAAAACACAAAAGAAGCGCACUUAAUAAAACCAUGCACAGGGAAAAGUUCCAUGUGAAAUUGAGACAGAAUUUUUUUUUCUUUUACAUUUACAUACCUUAAUGUAAUUGACAUUCCGGUAACGUCACAAAGAGACGACGUCAUGAUAAUGAACUGAUUAUACGCUUAUUAAUCCGCUGAGUCUUUUUUCACUGUUUUACGCAAAUUUUAACGAAGUCAGAUUUCACUAAGCUGAAGAAGGUGGAGAUGUAAAGAUAUUAAAUUGUCUUUUCUAGUGAAGAGAAGUUAUGAUAUAAAUACUGUUUGUCACAUAUUUAGGCCCAUGGGCCAAGUAGUAAAUCCGCGCAACUGGUUGUAAUUUUCGCGUAUUUCCAGCUUUGUGAUUUAAAUUUACGAAAUCAAUUGCCAUAAAUUAGUUUCAAACACAGGUGCAGCUCAGCACAUUUUAUGACAAAAUGGCGAAAUUAAAUUGCAGUGAAAAAGUAUUUAGGCAUAUAAAACGAGAAAAUAAGUUGGUUAACACUAUGUUUGGUUGUAAAUGUACUUAACUGUACAACUCAAUACUCAAAAAUAUGUGAUCAUUCUUUCUAAUGAAAGAAAACAAACCAAGUAUCAUGCAAUGCUUCUUACUUCCAUAAUAUUGUUGGUAUAAGUUUAUAGUCUUGUGAUUUCGAUUAAUUUGAUUCUUAAAUGUUAUGAAGAGAGUGAGAGGAUGUUUUUUAUUUACUUAUGAUGUGUUUUUGUAACCAUAAUGCAUUUAUAUUGAAUUUAAAUAUUUCACUGUCUAAAUCUCUAGUCCAUAAAGUUAAGGAUGUGCUUUACAAUUUCCAAACAGAAGAUUUGGGCUGUUUUCAUUUCUCCGGUCUAAACGGCUGGACCAGUUGGACCAGAGUUAAUAGUUUAUGAAAUAAAUACGGACCUGGUGAUUUUAUAUUGUUUUCAGACGAGCCUUGACAAAGACUUCCAAGGCCUGUAUUAACAUUUACAGGUUUAUCAAGAUCUAUGUUUAAAUUAUUACAUUUAAAAACGGACUAACCGGUCUGUCCGCAUAAACGAACAGGCCCCUGGUAUAGAAUUGACAUUUGAAGUAUCUUAUCGAGUAGUUUAGCCUUUUUAUGAUAUGUAAAUGGAAUCUCUAAUUAUGAUCUAGCAGUAUCAGAGUUACUUCCCUUCAUUUCACUUUGUCAGUAAUUAUAUAUAUAUAAGGUGGUAUAUAUAAGCUUUAGCUUUAAUUUAUAGCAGAUUGGGACGAGAAUGGAUAUCUCUAUGCAAGACGAUGGUCUUCACACAAAAAAGUUAAAUUAAAGGUAGAAAUAAUACAGUACAUAAGAAAUGAAAAAGAUUCUUCAAAAAAUGAAACUAUGCAUGUACAUUGUAUGUUAUGACCAUUUUAAAAAUGUGAAGAAGUUUUGUCGGUCCUUAUUUAGAUCUAUUUAGAGAUACCUAAUAUAUAUAUAUAUAUAUACAUACAGGUUAAAACAAAAAUCUAAAAUCGUUAUUUGAUUGUCACAUAUUAUGGUGAUUCUUUGUAAACUAGAAUACUUUUGUUAUAAAAUGGAGGUUAGCUCCCUGCAUCAUCUCUUUAUUUUUAUGCAUAAAAUAUGGAUAAAAACAAUUUUUUUAUCUAUACAUGUAUAUGAUUUGAGAUAUAGAUGAAAAACUAUAGUAGACUCAAUACAUAGAGGAUAUCUAACAGUGUCUUCAGUAAUACCAAAUAUAUUUCACUCGUGUGGCUAAUAUUUUGAUAUUUUUCACUCGUGC